ACGUCCAGUACGGAUUAUACCAGAACAUCGUUUGUUUCUAUUCAGACGCCGUCAAUAGUUUGAACACUGCGAUAUUUUCCGUUUUACCCCCACCAGUCUCUGAUGGAUUCUACCGUUUUCCCGCAACAAGGUGGAUAUUUAAGUUUUGAAUCGUCGUGGUAACGUUACUAUAAGUGAGAUCGCUCAGAGGAGCAAUACGGUGUCUUCUUCAAGUUCUCUUUCGUUGGAUUAUUGAAGAGUAAACGGCAUACAUGUAUCCAAACUACCGCGGUCUUGGUAGAGGGACCAACCAGAACUUCUCCGGUAGCAGUUCUGGAUCCAGCUCUGCUAACGUUACUCUCACCACCAGCACCAACACCACUCAGCUCCAAGAGCCGAAGUAUUCAGUGGCAGGAUCCAGCCAGUUUGUGCCCAGUCUCAAUGCUAUUACUUCAAACCAAGACCUGCAAUGGUUAGUCCAGCCUUCACUUCUACCUACACCAGGCCCAUCCAGGCCAAUUCGUCACCCUUACCCUCUGCCACCAAGAAUCGGAUCCAUGAACCCGCACCCAACCCAGCCACACCUACUGAGACCAGGGGUCAUCAGAGCCAUACCAGGCCCUGGAACCUCUACGAGACGAAGAAACGAUGAACAUUUGUCCCCAGAGGAACUCGAACGAAGAAGGAUUAGAAGGGAACGAAACAAACUUGCUGCUGCCAAGUGUCGGAAUCGCCGCCGCGAACUGACUGACACGCUUCAAACCGAGACAGACCAGUUGGAAGAUGAAAAGACCCGUCUGCAGAAGGAAAUUACUGAUCUGCAGAAGGAGAAAGAGAAGCUGGAACUGGUUCUUGAGGCUCACCGACCCAUCUGCAAAGUCCAAGACUCUGAUUCAGACUCCGACACAAGCACUGGUUUUCUUUCGCUGAGUGGAAUCAAAAUUGAGCCUGCGGAUUCGGAGCUACCCAAAUCCUCUGGGGAACACAAGAGCCAUGCCAAGCAGGAAAAACCGAAGCCUAAAAUAACCAUUCCACCUGCACCGUCAACCUGCACUGCCAGUGCCGUAAAUCUGGAGUCUGAAUCUCUCCACACUCCCAUCCUCAUCUCCACCCCAUCUCUGACCCCGUUCACAGCCAGCCUGGUCUUCACCUAUCCCACUUCCUCGCUUGAAGCAAGUGCCGGUGCAUUGUCUCAAACAAUCAGCCAUUCUUCAGCCACCACAUCUCAUCAUGGUACAUCCCAUCCUGCCCGAAACCCAGAGCCAUGUGGUAUCGCACAUCGCCGCAGCAGCAGCAGUGGAGACCAGUCAGAUCAAUCUCUUAACUCACCAACCAUCCUGACCCUUUAAUUUACACUUCCCUCAAUGGGAAACAAGUGCUUUGAACUUUCACAGGUGUCUUUAAUACUAGGUCAGAAGAACACAGGUACAGUGUAAGUUUACUGUAGAGAACACUUGUAGCUAUGGAUGCACAGUGCCUUCAUUUAGCUGGAAUUACUGAUGGUUAUUCUUACAUAAUAUCAGAUGAACAAUGCAAAGUUAUGGAGAAAUAAAGUUUACAGAAUAUACACUUACAUACACUUAAUAGUGUAUAUAUUAUUAUAUAGUUUUAAUAUAUAUAUUACUAAAAGUAACUACAAACUAUGGUUCUAUACUAUGAAAAUUAUUUAAUAGUAUAAUUGUCUUUCUCAUAGAGAUGUGCAUUACUCAUGAAUGGUUGCAUGAUAACUAGAUAGAUAGAAAUAUAGAUGAUUGGACAGAUAUAUGCUGCAUUAUAACCAUGUAUCUAGGACUUUCUGACUCAUGUAGGCCUAUCACUGUGUUUGGAUGCACAUUGCAUUGUUACUGUUAUUUAAGCGUUUUAUACCUUUCUUUAUGCAAUGCAAAGCUAUGGAUAUAUUAGUGAUAUUUUUUAAUGAGUACAGUGUAUUAAGCUACAUCUUGAUGGAGGUUACAGCAUGUUCUGUGUCUUCUGUAUUAUGCCUAUAAAUAAACAUUGAGGGCCAGAAACAUGCAUUUCAAUAACAGUUACACUGGGUACAAAGUUCUAUUUACAGAUUUACAGACUUGGACAAACAUGCACUUAAAUAUUUUUAUUAAAAUGCUAGCUAUGUGUGUUCUUUUUCUAUAAAACUUUAUUAUAUUGACUUUAUUAUAUUUAGUUGUAGUUAAUAUGUUGAAAUCUACAAUGUGAGCAUUAUUACAAUAAAUUUGAUGCACUACUAGGGAUGGACUAUAGAAUUUUAACAGAUUUGUAUUUAUUUUUGAGAGCAAACUAUAUUUUUGACAUUCGUCUGAAAAUUGAAGUGUGAUACUUAAG